AUGAGUGAUCGGCGAAUUUUCUCAACAGUGCCAACUUUAAUUGAUUGCGUACCAUCCCAACAACUCGAUGUCUUCAAGUCCCUCUGCCGCACUGACUUGGAAAACCACGGUCUCAGCCAAUUGACCUUUGAUUGGGGGAUGCCGGACAGGGAUCCAUGGAACCAAACAAUGGCAAUCUUCAUCGUUAAGCAUUGGCAAUAUGCUAGAUUGCAAGGUGCAUUUGACAAACAAUCGAUAACUCCAGAACACAAAACAGAAGAAAACUGCCUUGGAAUUAUGCUUCGAUGGGUACGCGGUCAGCGUGUAGAUAUUCGCCAAAAUUGUCGAUCUGCCCAAAAAAACCUCCAGAAAGAGAUGCGGCGUAAGAAAAGGACGCUUUUUAAAUAUAGAGUCGAAUCUUUAUCGCGCCUUCUACGAGCCAGUAAUCUUCCCGACCAGGCGGCCGAACUUUUGCCACAUCAUGAUUGUUGUUCAGAAACAGAGUGGGUCCCUGAAGAGACUUCAUAUCCUUCAAUAGGCCUGGUCUGGCGAAGUCAACAGUACAAUUCAAUAAUCCAGCAAAUAGACGGCUUAUCUUUCAAGUAUUGUUCAUCUACCCAGGGUCCUCUCCGUGCCUCUCGGAGAUUUGACCAAUGUCGAACAAAGGCCACUCAGGUUGACUCAAAUGCUGCUUUUUGUCCGGGCCUUCCCGAAAACUGUUAUGAUCCUCUCUUCCUUUUCAAUCUGACAGACGAAGAAAAAGCUGCACUUCAAAUGAAGCCUGUGUCAAGCCUGUUAAAUACUUUACCUAAUGUCAUACAAAACUUUAGUAUCUCGCUCGUAUUUAAAUCAGGUAGUACCAGAUAUAGUUUUUUUUUUACAAAUAGAUAUGUGGCGGGAAAUUGA